UAAUGUAACAUUGGGCAAUGUCUAAGGAGUAAUGGAGCCUCAGUUUCCUUAGUUAUUCCUGUUCUCUUCCGUUCACCUGUUUGCACUUUGCAUAUGAGGAGAUAAUUAGUAGUCAGUUGAUUAGAGAGCAAUUUCAACAUUUUUCAAUAUGCUUAAUAUAAAACAAUAAAGCAGGCGGCUGAAAUAACUAAAACAACAGCAGUUUACAGAGCGCGGUUUGAUCAGAGAUGCUCACUUUAUUUUAAUCAGGACGACUGGUCUUAAUUUCAUUUUUUAAGUUGUUAACACUAAAACUCUUUAGAAGAGUUCCCUAAUUUGAAGAAAAAUUCAGCCGGCUGCUUUCUUGGGCGCACUGGUCAACCCUGGCGAUUUCACUUGGGGAAGCACUGAAACCAGCCACUCCAUGCAGGAUGGCCAGGGAAGCUGGGCGUGUGUCCCCGGUGCCCAGCCCUAGACCUCCUCCGCCCUCUUCUCCCCCACGCGGAAGAGAACGCGGUGCUGCGCCCAGGAGGGCAGGUCUGGCCUCCAGAGCUGGGGCAGGGGCGGCUGGCGUGACGGAGUGGCCAUGGUUCCUGAGCGAGCAGGGAGGGGCUCGGCAGGUGAGCGCACCCGGCACCUUUGCGUCCAAGGCGCGGCGAUCUCCGCUCAUCCAGGCCGCAUCUCGGCGCUGCUUUUUUCCGUCCCGACCUAGGCACCGCGGGUUCUACUGACCCCAGCCAACUAGGGGAAUCCGUGACGGACGCCGAGGCUUGCGGGGUGGGGGUGGCGGGAGACAGAGCCCAGGGAGAACCGCCGGGGCGACGCGGCGGGUACCUUUCUGGGUCCUCCCAGGGAUGCCGACCAGAGAGCGAGCUUAGGGUCCGGGUCCAAGGCAGGCGUUGCGUAGGGAGCCCUGAGACCCCCUGAGUCCGAGAUUGGUGUCCGUCAGGGCAGGCUGCACGGACUUCCGAGGGUCCCGCGCGCUGGGACACGCCCUCAUCCUGGGGGACGACCGGGUGGCCCCAGGCACCGCCUCCCGUUCCCGCCCCGCGCCCCGCAGCGCUUAGGCUUCGGCACUCUGGGGGCCGAGUCCCAGUGCAGCUCCAGCCGACCCCCGGGACGCAGACAAGGGCAGGCGCGCGGUGAGGACUGCGGCCGGCCGCGUAGCCGCGCUCUGGUCCAGGGGGCCAUCUCUUGGGCUGCGCACCCUCCGGAACUGCGUCAGGAUCCUCCACGAGCCUCCCACUCUCUUCUGCCCGCUUGCGAACAUGUGGCCCUUCAAGCCUGGUGCCCCGCUGCCCGCACUCCUCCUGCUGGCGCUGGCUUUGUCCCCGCCCGGAGCCCACGGGAGGCCGCGGGGGCGCAGGGGAGCGCACGUCACGAAUGAGGAGCCCAAGCCGUUACUUUUCCUCCCCGCGGCCGGGGCCGGCCGGACUCCCAGCGGCUCCCGGAGCGCAGAAAUAUUCCCAAGAGAUUCUAACUUAAAAGACAAAUUCAUAAAGCAUUUCACAGGGCCAGUCACAUUUUCACCAGAAUGCAGCAAACAUUUCCACCGACUCUAUUACAAUACCAGGGAGUGCUCAACACCAGCUUAUUACAAAAGAUGUGCUAGAUUGUUAACAAGAUUAGCAGUGAGUCCACUGUGCUCCCAGACCUAGCAAACCUACCCUGCAUUUCCUAAGAAUGUACAUCUAAUGUGAAGAAAAAGUGCCUCAGAUCAUGCAAAAUGUAAAAAAAAGAUGAAAUUUAUAAUUUUAUGGAUAUGAAGAUGAGUAAAAUAAGAGACUUCCCAGAAAUAACUGGUAGCUGUGACCUGUCACAGAAUGGGUCUUUCUUGCUUUAUCUUUUUGUGUAUACAGUAAUUUAUAAUUUUGUAAAACAGUUUGAAUCACAUAUUGAAAAUGAGAUAUUAAAAAUUGUGUGAUUGUAUUUUAUUUUUACUAGAUAUAUUAUUUUCUUUACAAUCUAAACAUAUAAUUGUGUAAAUUAUAUCUGAGAGUACCAGUGAGAAAUAAUGAUUUUUUUGUAUAUGACUGUUAGUAAUAUAUUUGUCAAAUCAUCAUGUACCAAGUUAAAUUUUAUAAUUCUUAUUUAAUAUUUAAAUACAUUUAUUUAGAA